GCCGGGUCGGGCGUCGGGGCCACACGUCCGUCCGCGGGUCGCCGGGGCUGCGCGCGCCAUGGAGCCGCGUUGCCCGCCGCCGUGCGGCUGCUGCGAGCGGGUGGUGCUCAACGUGGCCGGGAUGCGUUUCGAGACGCGGGCACGCACCCUGGGCCGCUUCCCGGACACGCUGCUAGGGGACCCGGCGCGCCGCGGCCGCUUCUACGACGGCGCGCGCCGCGAGUACUUCUUUGACCGGCACCGGCCCAGCUUCGACGCCGUGCUCUACUACUACCAGUCGGGCGGGCGGCUGCGGCGGCCCGCGCACGUGCCGCUCGACGUCUUCCUGGAGGAGGUGGCCUUUUACGGGCUAGGCACCGCGGCGCUGGCGCGCCUGCGUGAGGACGAGGGCUGCCCCAUGCAGCCAGAGCGCCCCCUGCCCCGCCGCGCCUUCGCACGCCAGCUCUGGCUGCUUUUCGAGUUCCCCGAGAGUUCGCAGGCCGCGCGCGUUCUCGCCGUCGUCUCCGUGCUAGUCAUCCUCGUCUCCAUCGUCGUCUUCUGCCUCGAGACGCUGCCAGACUUCCGCGACGACCGCUACAACCCGGGGCUCGCUGCGGUAGCGGCUGCCGGCCCGUUCCCCGCUCGGCUGAAUGGCUCCAGCCCAGUGCCCGGACCCCUGUCUCGCAUGCCCUUCGAUGACCCGUUCUUUGUGGUGGAGACGUUGUGUAUCUGUUGGUUCUCCUUCGAGCUACUGGUGCGCCUGGUGGCCUGCCCGAGCAAGGCGGCCUUUUUCAAGAACGUGAUGAACCUCAUCGAUUUUGUGGCCAUCCUACCCUACUUUGUGGCGCUAGGCACCGAGCUAGCCAGGCAGCGGGGUGUAGGCCAGCCGGCCAUGUCCCUGGCCAUACUACGAGUCAUCCGUCUAGUACGUGUCUUCCGAAUCUUCAAGUUGUCCCGGCACUCAAAGGGCCUGCAGAUCUUGGGCCAGACGCUACGGGCCUCCAUGCGUGAGCUGGGUCUCCUCAUCUUCUUCCUCUUCAUCGGUGUGGUCCUCUUCUCCAGCGCAGUCUACUUCGCUGAGGUCGACCGGGAAGACUCCCAUUUCACCAGCAUCCCUGAGUCCUUUUGGUGGGCGGUGGUCACCAUGACCACAGUUGGCUAUGGAGACAUGGCACCCGUCACUGUGGGUGGCAAAAUAGUGGGCUCCCUGUGCGCCAUCGCUGGAGUGUUGACCAUUUCCCUUCCUGUGCCGGUCAUUGUCUCCAACUUCAGCUACUUUUACCACCGGGAGACAGAGGGUGAAGAGGCUGGGAUGUACAGCCAUGUGGACACGCAGCCGUGUGGCCCACUGGACGGCAAGGUCAAUGGGGGGUUGAUGGAUGGGGAGAUGCCUGAGCUACCACCUCCACUCUGGGCCCCCCCUGGGAAACACUUGGUCACUGAAGUGUGAGGGACAGUUGAGGUCUGCAGGACCUCAUGUUUCCUUGGAGGGAGGGAGGGAGGGGUAGAAGGGAAGGUUAGGGGGAGGGGGUUGGAUUUAGGAAGAACUAGGUUAAGUGGUAAUGAGUUGGGGAACACUGAGUCUUGUUGGGUCUUGAGCUGUGGUUUGGUAGCUCCCGUGGGUACUUCCUUAAUUGACGGUGAAUGGCCACGAGUUAUAAUGAGUUGAUGGGGAGGCUCCUUUGGUUUGUACUACACUGGGUUGUGCAAGACUUACGGAGUCUUUCAUGGUAAAUGUUGAGACAGAUUUGGUCACAUAGUUUUGUUUUUUAGGUCCUUGUUGGGCUGGGCUGUGUUGUUGAGUUGGAUGAGUCUUGUCCAAUUGCAUUGUGCAGGAUUCUGUAGUUUUAUGAGUCCCCUAGGGCCAUUUUGGAUCAAGUUAGGUGGUCACCCACGGCAUUGUUGGGACUGAGUGCGUGUUCAUGCAUGGUGUUGUGGAGUUGAGUUGAGACAUGUUGAAAAUUUUGUGGCUUUGUGAUUCUUCUAGGGCUAUGUUUUUUUAGGUUCUGUGAACUUGUGAGUCACGUAGAAAUACAAAGAGUCAAGUGAUUGAAUGUGAGCUUUCUAGGUCAUGUUAGGGUAAGCCAGGGUGUGUAUGAUGGUCUGAGUCUUUCAGGGUUCUGUUGGGUUGAAUUGUGUAGAGUAAUGUAGCUGGAAGUUUUGAGGGGCUACACUGAGAUGAAUCAUAUCAAACUAUAUAACCAUAUGAGUCUCGUAGGGGUAUGCUGAGGUGAAUUACCCCAGGUUGUGUCAUUGUGAGUCCUGUAGGAAUGUUAGGUUGAAUUGGACUGUGCGUAUGGGCUCCACUGGGCCAUGUUGGUUUGUUUUGCAUUUAAUGGUAGCACCAGGACCCAAGAAUAACAACACUGGGGAAGAAUCAUGUAUCAGGGAGAAAGUGUGGCAUUAGGGACUCUGCAAGACAAACAACCGACUUGCCCAGUGUCAUUUACUGUAAGGGGUGGGGCUGAGUGCUGAACCCCCAGAUUUAGUUGUUUGUGCAGAGGGCCUCCGGGUGAGCUAGGAAGAUGUAGACAGUCCUUCCAUUUACUCUACACCCGCUUCAUUUUGCCAUUCAUACCCUCUCUACUUGUCCUCCCCUACAGUUUUUCUUCUAACCAUGGAGCUCAGAGCUGCAAGGGAAGGGGAAAGGGGAAGAAUCUGUACUUUGUACAGGCAUGAUGGGAGAGAAGGGGACAAAAACCCAAAUGAGGGGACAGAGACCUGGAAGUGAUAAAGACUCAGAGAAAGAGAGAGAUAGAAACCCAGAAGAGAGGGAGCAAAGACCCAAAGAGGGAGGAAGAGAGAUUUAGGGAGAAGGAAACAAGGACAAAGACCCAAAGAGAUGGGGAGAUGGAGACCCAGAGGAGGGGGGUCAGAAACUCCAAGGAGAAAGAGAGAUAGAGACCAAGAGUGGGACAUGGAAAUGGGGGUGUGUGUGUCAGACACCUGGAGAGGGACAGGCACCAGAGCUGGAGCCAAACCAGGGCACUCCCGGAGAAAGAGAACCAAAAAAGGAAUAGAGAGAAAAAAAUCCGUGCCUCUGAACCCAAGAGAUAUGCAGAGUCUUUCUUCUACAGAAUCACAAAGGGAUCCCAAAUCAGGGAACCCCACCCUAUCCUCCCACAGCUCAGGAAGAAUGUCAGGUAAAUUUGGGAGCUCUAUUUUCCAGGGGAGAAACUAGAGUCUUAGGGCAGGGGAGUAGCUUCCUGGGGUCCCAUGGCACUUCCCAGGAGCUGGGGUUUAUGGCAGGCUGUCCGACUCCCCCUGUCCCAUCAGCCUGCAGGUGUCCUCCGGCCGAGUUUCUCUAGAACCAAGAAACUGAGGCUCAGAGGGUAGGGUGGGAUCCAAGGCAGGAAGCCAAACGUUUUCAGGCGGCUUUCAGUACCAAAAGGGCAUUUGGAGGAGGAGAGGAGAGGAGAAUGCCUCAAUCACGAACACCUAGAGGGCUUCCUACGUGCCAAAACAUCAUCUGAAGUCCUUUACUUUUAUUAAUUUAUUAAAACCAGUGGUUUACAGAGUGGUGGUGUUUUUAUUUUCAGCUAUUGGCCCCUCCCUUUUUGGGUCCAGUGAAAUCUUACUUUGAUGCGGUGUGGUUCCUCCGAGGGGACCUGGUCUGAGGGACACACACGUCCACGGAGUCCUUCUUGGUGACUCAGAAUGCAGCUACGGAAUUCAGUCUGGAAACCCGUGAUUUAAUCCAACUCCCUUUUUUAUACAGAGUGACAGUAGAAGGGACAGAUGGUGGGAAGAGUUUGAUCAAGGUUGAAAGCCAUAGAAUCUGUAGGUGGUCCCUUCCCUCUGAAAUGGAAAGUCACAUCUGGAGACAGAAAUGGAGAUAGACCCCCUCACGGUGACAGACACAAGGCAGAGUCUGGGUCCCAGCAGAGACUCGAAGAGGAGGAGACACAUGCAGAGAGGAACCAAGACCUGGAGAGAUGACACUGAAGGGGCAAAGGGAGAGCAGGAGGGCAGUGACCUAGGAGGGGGGAGUCAGAGACCCCCUCCAGAGAUCUGCAGAAGCUGGGAAGCCAACCAGAGAGGAGAGGUCAGAGAUCCAGAGAGAGGGAGCGGGGCUAGAGGCCCAGAGAGGGAGAGGGGGACAGAGACUGGUCUACUUUUCUUUGAAAACUUACCUGUGUGACCCCAUCAGAGACCAGAAGUCACAUAGAGUGUCUCUGGUAGGGAGUGGGACCUGUUGGGUGCUUAGGGAUGGGGUUGGGGGGAAGUGUGGAGAGGUCAGGGAAGUAACCCCAGGGGACACUCAGACUGGGAAGUGCCCCUCCUCCACCCUCAGUAAACAACCCACAGCUACCUUCCACAGCCUCCUACGUUGCCUUUGCCUUGGCGGGGACUGGGAAAAGGAGAGGGGAACACCCUAAUCCGGGGACACCCUUCCUGCCACCUUGCCAUGCUAUAUUUAGGCUGAUGGAGGGGUAUGGGAUGACCCCCUGCCCCUCCCAAGAUGGAUAUCAGCUUUCCUCCUAAAAUAGCUCUGGGGGAGGGGUGGAGGGCCUGGGACUCUAAUUCCAUCUGACCUCAGUCUGUCUGAGGAUCUCUCUCUUCUCACUGGGUCUCUGUCCCCCUUCUGGGAUUGUGUCCCCUUCUCUCAAAUGUCAAGUGUCUUUCCUCUCUCUAGGUUUUUGUCCCCCCCCUUUUCUCUCCAUUUCUGUGCCUUUCCCAUCUCCCUUUGUCACUCAUUUUUUUUUUCCUCCAAGCAGGUCGUUGUGUUCCCACAUCAAAUCCUUGUCUAUCUCUGAGUCCUAUAAUACCUUGAAUUUCUCUUAUCUGAGUUCAGGACAGACCCUCUCCCCAGUCCCCACCCAGGAAAUUCCAGCAGAGGGGACUCUGUGGGAGAACACCCCCAACACCAUAUCCACUGUCUCCCAGGGCCUGGGGCCUUAUCGCUGCCCAAGUCCAGCUGGUUAAUGUCUGGCCUAGAGCUCCUGGGAAAGUGGGGAUGAGAGCAGAGGGUGGGAAUCUGCCCAGAGAUUGACACUUAAUUGGCAACACAACGCAAAGAAAUCUCAGGCCCAGACUCCCGGCUCUAAGGAAAAGAGGGAGCUGCUGUCAGGACUCCUAGGUCUGAGGGA